AUGCAGUUUCCUGUUGAUUCGUGGUGCUAUUUGCUGUUUUAUAUUAAUUUUCAAAAGUUAGACGGCAACUUGAAGAAACAUUUUGAAGACAAGCACGCCGAUAAAGAGUUACCCACAUUCUCGGACCUUAUAAAGUUUUUGGAAACCGAAAUACGGAUUUUGGAAUCCAGUGCGGAGCCACAGGCCGGUACGUCAGCGGGAAGGCGUAGUGGAAGUGGACAGAGCCAUGCGGUAAAGGCUCAUGCGGCAUUUGAGGGUGCGGGUUCGACGUCGUCGUGUCGACUGUGCGGAAAAAGCGGACACUUCAUUGCUAGGUGUGAAAAAUUCUUGGAAAUGAAACCUGCGGCUAGGAAGCGUGAGGUGGUAUCUCUUAGAUUGUGCUUCAAGUGCUUGAAUGGUCACAACAUUAACCAGUGCACUUAUAACAAGAACUGUUACAAGUGUAAUUCGGCUAAACACCAUUAUUUAUUACAUUUCGAUCUUCCGGCAACUGGUUCAGAUCGUGAGCAACGUUUGACUUCAAACAAUGUUGCUACAAGUGGGAAGGCUCACAGUGCUACCUCGUCCUCUCCGAGUGCUCCUAUUGUGAGUGCACCUUUGGCCAGCGACAAUCCAGGAAGUGCGGUCCCUAGAGUCACCGUACUAGUGGCAUCACAGGUCAACAAACCUGAUAUGUAUCAGCGGAAGGUGCUACUUGCGACGGCAGUAAUAAGAGUACUGGACAGCAGCGGAAACUUCCAGGAGGCGCGGGCCUUACUGGAUGGAGGAAGCGAGAGCACAUUUAUAUCGGAGUCUUGCGUGCAGAAGUUGGGCUUAAAACGGUUUAAGUCUGACGUCUCAAUCGCAGGACUGAACUGUACUCCUAUAAGCGGUUGUAGGGGGGCAGUUAAUUUAACCAUGGCACCUAGGUUGACGGAUCAGCCUGUGCUAGUGACCACGGCUACAGUCUUAAAUGAAGUUACCUAUAACUUGCCUGGAUAUUCGUUGCCGGCCCAAUUAGCGGAUAAUUAUCGAGGACUGAAUCUUGCGGAUGAACACUUCUUUGUCAGUCGACAGAUUGAUAUUUUAAUAGGCGAAGAUCUACUUGGUGAUAUUGUACUCAGCGGACGCAUUAAAAUCAACGAUCACAUUCCACGGGUGACGAAAACGGUGUUCGGCUACGUGCUGUCAGGUCCAGCCACUAUAACGGCUUCUUUAUCGGAUGCCCCGGAGAAUGUAAAUACUGUACCAUUAGCCACGAAGCGGUUCUUGGCUAUGGAAAUGCGAUUCCUCGCGAAGGGGAAUCGAGUUCACCAAUUGUGA